AUGCUCCUAGCACAAGAGGAGGCAUUGGAGAAGGCCCACCUCCUGAGUGUGAAUCGGGAGGCACGACCGUCCAGGCAGACGAGCUGCAGUGAUCCGGCAUCGCAGAGCCCUGUGAGCCCAAUCAGUCGAAAGACGGUGACGUCAGCAGGAUCAGAUGAGCUCGACCUCAAGGACGGGCGCGCUCCUCUGAACUGCCCCUGGAGCUCCGAAGGAGAAAAUGCCUUUGCAUUGCGAUGGCGCUGUUUGCGACAUGCGGUGGAGGCGAGGGCACUGCGCUGGCGAUUGCAGCGCGAACGUCACCGCGCGGAGAGCGUGCAGUACGAGCUUCAGCUGAGGAAUCGCUACACCUCAGACCUCGAGAGAAGACUAGAG